UUAGACCUGACAUACUUGUGCCAGACUCCACUCAAGAUGGGGUCUGGCAGGGGGAUAUGGGUACCAGAAUGGGCUUUCCUAUUAGCAGCUUGCUGUGUCCAUCUGAUAGGAGCUGACACUGAAAUCCAGCAGGAAACAGGAAGCAAAUACAUGGAGGAUAUUCAGCAGAAACAAAACACUUCUGCUAUGGUAAACUUCAUCUGGCCAAUGCUGACAGAUCCAUUAAUAAGACCUUCCAAUCCUGCUCACAAUGGUCGCGUGUGCAGCACAUGGGGCAACUUCCACUUCAAGACCUUCGAUGGAGACAUAUUCUCCUUCCCUGGGCUCUGUAAUUACGUUUUUGCAUCCCAUUGCAACACUCCCUAUGAGGAUUUCAACAUCCAGAUUAGGCGCACAGUGGUGGAAAAUGCUCCAACAAUCAACCGUAUCACCAUGAUACUUGAAGGUGUAGCUGCUGAACUAACAAAGGAUGUUGUAACAAUCAACAGCAACAGAGUUCAACUGCCAUACAGAGAAUUUGGAAUUACGAUAGAGAAAAGCAGCAUUUAUGUCAAAGUUGCCAGCAAAAUGGGUGUUGUGUUAAUGUGGAAUGAAGAUGACAAUAUCCUGCUGGAAUUGAAUGAGAAAUAUGCUAAUCAGACCUGUGGACUUUGUGGGGACUUCAAUGGCUUUCCAAUUUACAAUGAGUUCUAUUCAAACAAUAUUAAGAUUACAGCAAUGCAGUUUGGGAAUAUGCAGAAAAUGGAUGGGCCAACAGAAGUCUGUGAAGACUCUGCUUCUACCCUGCCAGACAAUUGCACUGAUAUUUUUGAUGACAUAUGUGAGGAAACAUUGACCAGCUCUGCAUUUGCAGAGUGUAAUCACCUAGUUGAUGUUAAAGAGUACAUUACGGCCUGCCAAGAAGAUUUGUGCCGCUCCGAAGAGUCUAAAAACGCCUCAUGUAUCUGUGACACCUUUGCUGAAUACUCCCGGCAGUGUGCUCAUGCUGGUGGGCAUCCUCUGAACUGGAGAACCUCAAAACUGUGUCCCAAGAAGUGUCCUUACAACAUGCAGUAUGAGGAGUGUGGCUCCCCCUGUGCUGACACAUGCACCAAUCCUGAACCAUCUCAGUUUUGUGAAGAACACUGUAUGGACGGUUGUUUCUGCCCACCAGGGACUGUAUUUGAUGACAUCAAUAAAUCUGGCUGCAUUCCCCGUCAGCAGUGCUCCUGUGUUUACAAUGGCAAUGCAUACGCCACAGGAACUUCCUUUUCAGGGCAAUGUCAUUCCUGUACCUGUAAUGGAGGCCAGUGGCGUUGUGAAAACACAUCAUGCCCAGGAACAUGUUCAGUAGAGGGAGGUUCACACAUUUCCACAUACGAUAAAAAAUAUUAUGAUCACCAUGGAAACUGCACUUAUGUCCUUUCUAAGCACUGUACAGAUGGAACAUUUGCCAUCCUGGUAGAACUACGCAAAUGUGGCCUAACAAAAACUGGGACAUGCUUAGAGACAGUGACCCUCAACAUGAAUAAAGGACAAACUCUCAUCGAGGUCAAACCUGAUGGUGGUGUGUAUGUGAACUCCAUCUAUACCCAGCUGCCCAUUUCAUCAGCUAACGCCAAUGUGUUCAGACCAUCAUCAUUCUUCAUCAUCAUGCAGACAAACUUUGGUGUCCUCCUUGAAAUUCAAAUUAUACCCAUGAUGCAAGUGUUUGUGCGACUGGAUCCUAUUUUCAAAGGGCAGACAUGUGGUCUCUGUGGCAAUUUCAAUGAUCUCGAAACUGAUGACUUCAAGGUUAUAAGUGGAAUAACUGAAGGAACAGCAACAGCAUUUGCUGAUACAUGGAUGACUCAGGCUUCAUGCCCUAAAGUCCAGCGCAGUUUUGAGAACCCUUGUGCACUCAGCAUUGAUAAUGAAAAAUAUGCUCAGCACUGGUGUGGACUACUAACUGACAAGAAAGGACCUUUUGCUGAUUGUCACUAUGCAGUGAAUCCCUCUGAUUACCACAUGAACUGCAUGUAUGACACAUGUAACUGUAAAAACAGUGAGGACUGUCUGUGUGCAGCCCUGUCUUCCUAUGUGAGAGCUUGUGCUGCAAAAGGAAUACAGCUGGAUGGAUGGAGGACCGAUGUCUGCUCAAAAUACACCUCAUGUCCCAAAUCCCUAAGCUACAGCUAUAACAUCUCUUCCUGUCAACCCACUUGUCGAUCUCUGAGCGAGCAUGAUGUCACAUGCAAAAUUAAGUUUGUCCCAGUUGAUGGCUGCACCUGCAUAAAUGGAACUUACAUGGAUGAAAGUGGCAGAUGCGUGCCUGCUACUGAAUGCCCCUGCUACUACAGAGGAUCUCCCAUAUCAUCUGGAGAAACUGUCCAAGCAAAUGGGCUUGUAUGCACGUGCAUCCAGGGAAGACUGGAUUGCACUGGAGAACCCAAUCCAGAUCGAGUCUGUGAAUCUCCCAUGGUCUACUUAGACUGUAGAAACAUCAGUGAAGGCACAACUGGAACAGAAUGUCAAAAAAGUUGUCAGACUCUGGAUAUGCAGUGUUAUAGCAUGCAUUGCAUAUCUGGUUGCGUGUGCCCAGCUGGGCUUGUGUUACAUGAGAAUGGUGAUUGUAUUCCUGAAGAGGAAUGUCCAUGUAUUCACAAUGAAGCCAUGUAUCAGCCUGGGGAAAAGAUCAGCGUUGACUGUAACACCUGUGUAUGCAAGAAUAGGAAGUGGGAAUGCACCAAAGAUCAAUGUCUGGGCACUUGUGCUGUUUAUGGAGAUGGUCAUUAUAAUACCUUUGAUGACAAAAGGUUCAACUUCAAUGGAAACUGUGAAUACACACUAGUCCAGGACCACUGUGGGAUGAGUGGCACAGCCAAUGGAACCUUUCGGGUUAUUACUGAAAAUAUUCCCUGUGGCAACAGUGGGACAACUUGUUCAAAAUCUAUCAAAGUUUUCUUAGAGAGCUAUGAACUGAUACUUGGUGAGGAGCAUGUCAGUGUCAUAAAGAGAGGACAAAAUAAUGAGGUGCCAUACACAGUCCGCUAUAUGGGUAUGUACGUAGUAAUUGAGACCACAAGUGGACUGAUACUCAUGUGGGACAAGAAAACCAGCAUCUUCAUCAAGCUCAGCCCUGAUUUUAAGGGCCAGGUCUGUGGCCUCUGUGGAAAUUAUGAUGGCAGCGGCAUCAAUGACUUUACUACAAGGAGUCAGUCUGUGGUAGAGAAUGUCCUAGAGUUUGGAAACAGCUGGAAAGUAUCCUCUACAUGUCCUGAUGCUUCCAGCGUAAAGGACCCCUGUUCUACCAACCCUUAUCGAAAAUCCUGGUCAGAGAAACAGUGUAGCAUCAUCAACAGCAAUGUCUUUGCUGCCUGUCACUCUCAGGUUGAACCAGCAAAAUACUACCAAGCAUGUGUGACAGAUGCUUGUGCAUGUGACACUGGAGGAGACUGUGACUGCUUUUGUACAGCAGUAGCUGCCUAUGCUCAAGCAUGUAGUGAAGUUGGUGUCUGCAUAGCCUGGAGAACCCCAUCAAUCUGUCCACUGUUUUGUGAUUACUACAAUCAGCAAGGGGAAUGUGAAUGGCACUAUAAGCCUUGUGGAGCCUCCUGUAUGAAGACCUGUAGGAAUCCAAGUGGAAAAUGCCUCCAUAACUUGUCAGGUUUAGAAGGCUGCUACCCUAACUGCCCACCAGACAAGCCAUAUUUUCAUGAGGACCAGAUGAAGUGCGUUAGUCUCUGUGACUGUUAUUAUAACGAAGAUGGAAAGAUAUACAUACGGGAUGAAUGCCAUGUAUGUGAAUGCACAUCAGAUGGUUUAGAGUGCAAGUUUGAUGAUAAAGCAUGCCACUGCAUUUAUGAAGGGAACAACUAUAAAUAUGGUGAAGUCAUCUACAACACCACAGAUGGAACUGGAUGGUGUUUCACUGCAACAUGUGAUGUCAAUGGAACAAUUAGCAGAAAUAUCUCUAAAUGUGGCAUCUUUACAACAACCCCAUUUCCUUUUCUUACAAGUCAGUUCGAAACUACUGCUUCAGAAAUGACAACUGCAGCACCAGUGACAACUGUAUGUGUGAAGAAUAUAUGUUUGUGGUCAGAAUGGUAUGACUGCACACAGCCUGAAAAUAAAGAGGAUAGUGGAGAUUAUGAAACAUUUGAAAAUCUCAGAGAAAAAGGAUACAGUGUGUGUAAAAACCCAAACAAUGUUCAAUGCAGAGCCAAAGAACACCCAAAUAUAGAAAUAAACAAUCUUAACCAAACAGUUAAAUGUAGUCUCAGUACAGGAUUAAUAUGCAAUAACAAAGACCAGCAAUCUAAGCACUGCUAUAAUUAUGAAAUCAGAAUAUUAUGCUGCAGUUACAUACCAUGUUCAGAAUUACCAACUAUGACGGCAAGAACCACAGAAUUCACAACUACUGCUGCUCCAUCAGCACACAGCACUGCCACCAGCCUCAACCCAUCAGCAACAACAACCACCACUGGCAGCACUAGAGUCCCCAGUAGCACUGCACCAGUAACAGGAGGCACAACAAUCAUGCCUACCACCACCAUGGCCAUCACAACAAGGACAGCUGCACCUCCAACAGAAGGAACAACCAGGACAACCACAGGAAGCACAACAAAGUCCAGAUCCACCUCUACUUCAGCACAAAUCUCCAAUCCCCCAACACCAUCUCCAACAGCACACAGUACUGCAAUCAGCCUCAGUCCAUCAACAAGGAUAACCACCACUGGCACCACCAUUGUCCCCAGUAGCACUACACAGCCAACAGAAGGCACAAGCAUCAUCACUACCACCAGCACGGCCAGCACCACCAGGACCUCUCCACCUCCAACAGAAGGAACCACCAUCAUCACACCCACUACAACAUCACAAACCUCAGCCAGUAGCACUAUCAGCACUUCCAGGAUCACCACAGGAAGCACCACAACGUCCACAUCCACAUCGACUCCAGUUCAAACAUCCACUUCUCCAACCCACACUCCAACAUCUCAUAGUAGUGUCACCAGCCUCAGCCCAUCAACAACGACAACCACCACUGGCACUACCGUAGUUCCCAGUAGCACGGCACUGCCAACAGAAAGCACGAGCACCGUCCCUUCCACCAGCACGGCCAGCACCACCAGGACCUCUCCACCUCCAACAGAAGGAACAGGCACCAUCACACCCACUCCGACACAGACAACCUCAGCUACAGCCACCACUCUCAGCACCUCCAGGACCUCUACCACCUGCCAGCCACAGUGUGUCUGGACUCAGUGGUUUGACGUGGAUACCCCCAGCCCCGGGAGUGAAAAUGGAGACAUAGAGACAUUUGAAAGCAUCCGAGCCGCUGGGUACACACUGUGUGACCAGCCACAAGACAUCAAGUGCCGCGCUAAAGAUUACCCUUCUAGGAGUCUGGACAAGUUGGGACAGGUCUUUCAGUGCAGCAUCGAAUUUGGCCUUGUGUGCAAAAAUGAGGAUCAGAUCACAAAGUACCCCCUGUGCUUCGACUAUGAGAUUCAGGUGCUCUGUUGUGACACUAAAACCUGCGUGGACACAUCAACAACUACAGGUACCACUGCAGGAUCCUCCACCACAGCCUCUCCAACACAAACCUCCACUCCACCAACACACUCUCCAACAGCACACAGUACUGACACCAGCCUCAGACCAUCAACAACGACAACCACCACUGGCACCACCAUUGUCCCCAGUACCACUGCACCGCCAACAGAAGGCACGAGCAUCGUAACUACCACCAGAACGGCCAGCACCACCAGGACCUCUCCACCUCCAACAGAAAGAACCACCGUCGUCAUACCCACUACAACAUCACACACCUCAGCCAGUAGCACAAUCAGCACUUCCAGGACCACCACAGGAAGCACCACAACGUCCACAUCCACAUCGACUUCCGUUCAAACAUCCACUUCUCCAACCCACGCUCCAACAUCUCAUAGUACUGCCACCAGCCUCAGCCCAUCAACAACGACAACCACCACUGGAACUACCAUAGUCCCCAGUACAACGCCAACAGAAAGCACGAGCACCGUCCCUUCCACCAGCACGGCCAGCACCACCAGGACCUCUCCACCUCCAACAGAAGGAACCACCAUCGUCACACCCAGUAGAACAUCACAAACCUCAGCCAGUAGCACUAUCAGCACUUCCAGGACCACCAAAGGAAGCACCACAACAUCCACAUCCACAUCAACUUCCGUUCAAACAUCCACUUCUCCAACCCACGCUCCAACACCACAAAGUACUGCCACCAGCCUCAGCCCAUCAACAACGACAACCACCACUGGCACUACCAUUGUCCCCAGCAGCACUACACCGCCAACAGAAAGCACGAGCACCGUCACUACUACCAGCACGGCCAGCACCACCGGGACCGCUCCACCUCCAACAGAAAGAACCACCAUCAUCACACCCACUACAACAUCACACAUCUCAGCCAGUAGUACGAUCAGCACUUCCAGGACCACCACAGGAAGCACCACAACGUCCACAUCCCCAUCAACUCCUCCACAAACAUCCUCUUUGCCAACCCAGGCUCCAACAUCACAAAGUACUGCCACCAGCCUCAGCCCAUCAACAACGACAACCACCACUGGCACUACCAUAGUCCCCAGCAGCACUGCACCGCCAACAGAAAGCACAAGCGCCAUCACUACCACCAGCACGGCCAGCACCACCAGGACCUCUCCACCUCCAACAGAAAGAACCACCAUCAUCACACCCACUACAACAUCACACAUCUCAGCCAGUAGUACGAUCAGCACUUCCAGGACCACCACAGGAAGCACCACAACGUCCACAUCCACAUCGACUCCAGUUCAAACAUCCACUUCUCCAACCCACGCUCCAACAUCUCAUAGUACUGCCACCAGCCUCAGACCAUCAACAACGACAACCACCACUGGCACUACUGUAGUCCCCAGUAGCACAGCACUGCCAACAGAAAGCACAAGCACCAUCACUACCACCAGCACGGCCAGGACCACCGGGACCUCUCCACCUCCAACAGAAAGAACCACCAUCAUCACACCCACUACAACAUCACACAUCUCAGCCAGCCACCACUCUCAGCACCUCCAGGACCACAGGAAGCACCACCGUCCACAUCCAGUGUGUCUGGACUCCAGUUCAAACAUCCACUUCUCCAACCCAGCUCCAACAUGGAGACAUAGAGACAUUUGUCACCAGCCUCAGCCCAUCAACAACGACAACCACCAGCCCCACGGCACUGCCAACAGAACCUCUCCACCUCCAACAGAAAGAACCACCAGCAUCACACCCACCUUCAGCCGCCAGCACCUCCACUGUGUGUGUGACCAGCCACAAGACAUCAAGUGCCGCGCUAAAGAUUACCCUUCUAGGAGUCUGGACAAGUUGGGACAGGUCUUUCAGUGCAGCAUCGAAUUUGGCCUUGUGUGCAAAAAUGAGGAUCAGAUCACAAAGUACCCCCUGUGCUUCGACUAUGAGAUUCAGGUGCUCUGUUGUGACACUAAAACCUGCGUGGACACAUCAACAACUACAGGUACCACUGCAGGAUCCUCCACCACAGCCUCUCCAACACAAACCUCCACUCCACCAACACACUCUCCAACAGCACACAGUACUGACACCAGCCUCAGACCAUCAACAACGACAACCACCACUGGCACCACCAUUGUCCCCAGUACCACUGCACCGCCAACAGAAGGCACGAGCAUCGUAACUACCACCAGAACGGCCAGCACCACCAGGACCUCUCCACCUCCAACAGAAAGAACCACCGUCGUCAUACCCACUACAACAUCACACACCUCAGCCAGUAGCACAAUCAGCACUUCCAGGACCAGCAAAGGAAGCACCACAACGUCCACAUCCACAUCAACUUCCGUUCAAACACCCAGUUCUCCAACCCACGCUCCAACACCACAAAGUACUGCCACCAGCCUCAGCCCAUCAACAACGACAACCACCACUGGCACCACCAUUGUCCCCAGUACCACUGCACCGCCAACAGAAGGCACGAGCAUCGUCACUACCACCAGCACAGCCAGCACCACCGGGACCUCUCCACCUCCAACAGAAAGAACCACCAUCGUCACACCCACUACAACAUCACACAUCUCAGCCGGUAGUACAACCAGCACUUCCAGGACCACCAGAGGAAGCACCACAACGUCCACAUCCACAUCAACUCCAGUUCAAACAUCCUCUUCUCCAACCCAGGCUCCAACAUCACACAGUACUGCUACCAGCCUCAGCCCGUCAGCAACUACCAUCACCACUGGCACCCGCAUUUUCUCCAGUACUACUGCACUGCCAACAGAAGUUACGAGCAUCAUCACUACCACCAGCACGGCCAGCACCAGCAGGAUCUCUCCACCUGCAACAGAAGGAACCACCAUCGUCACACCCAGUCCAUCAGUGCCUACGUUAGCCAGCAGCACCACCAGCUCAAAGCCCUCCACAACAUCCACAUCUACCUCUACUCCAGCACAAACAUCCUCUCUGCCAACCCAGCCUCCAACACCACACAUUACUGUUGUCAGUGUCAAUCAUUCAGCAACAACAACCAUUCCUGCUUCACUGGGGCUCCGCAGUACCAUUGCAGCGACAACACAAGGCACAACCACCAUCACUACCACCAGCCCAGCCAGCACUACCAGGACCUCUCCACCUCCAACAGAAGAAACAACCACGACAACCAUCACUAGAGUACCCACCUCAGCAGUCAGCAGCAGUAGCACCUCAAGGACCACCACAGGAGGCACCACGACAUUCAUGUCUGGUCCAUCAGAAACAUCCACUCUGGCAACUGAGGCUCCAACUUCACACAUUACUGCCUCCAGCCAUCACCCUUCAGCAACAACGACCAUAUUUUCUACACACAUCCCUGCUACAUCUGUUUCUUCUACUGCACUAAGUACUGUCACAAUUCCCAGAAUUUUCUCUACCACCAGCAUCCCAGUAACAACAUCUGCUACACCACAAUCAAGUCAUGUUACAAGAAGCACUUCUCCAAUCUUCAGUUCUAUCUCCAGCACACCUGUCACAACAGAAGCAAGUACAUUUGUAUCAUCAAUUGGAACGACUCCAUGUUUUUGUCAUGUAUUUGGUAAAUUUUUUUCUCCUGGGGAAGUGAUAUACAACAGAACAGAUGGCGCUGGCUGUAAUUUUUAUGCACUUUGCAGUAAGGAAUGUGAAACUGACCCAUACCAGGGGCCAUGUCCUUCUACAACACCUUUCACUUCGACACAAGCCACCUCAUCCACAGAACAUGGAUUUUCUUCUGUCUCACAGACAACAGCAACAUCCAUCACAACUUCAGGAGCAAGAAACUGUACUGCUGUCAAUCCUCUGCGAAAGCCUGGAGAGCACUGGAUAAGUGAAUGCCAGAAGUGUGUCUGCGACAACCUCACUGCUAUCAUACAAUGCCAGCCGAUUCUAUGCCCAACAGCUCAGACACCAAUUUGUGACCUCGGAUUUGCUCCUGCGCCUGUACUACCACCAAAAGACUCAUGUUGUCCUGAAUAUCAUUGCCAACCAAUAGAUGGCAUCUGUGUGAUUAACGGUACAAUGUACACGGUUGGAAUGUCGACAGUCAUCAAUCCAUGCAAGAAUUGUACCUGCACUUCUGAGAAAGAUCCAGUGAAUAAUACUAAUACUGUGCACUGUGAAACAGUUCAAUGUGAAACAUCUUGCCCGCUGGGUUAUCAAUACAUGACUGAGGAUGGAGAGUGCUGUGGGGAGUGUAUUGAAGUAGCUUGCAUAAUCAAACUAAAUAAUAACACCGUUCACAUGCUCCGAGUUGAUGAUGUCCUGUCAAUCGAUAACUGCACCCAGUACAAAUGUGAAAAAAUUGAAGAUCAAUUUGUUGCAGUCCAAACUAAAAAAAUAUGCCCUGAGUACAACCCAGAAGAGUGUGAUCCUGACGAAACAGAGACUACUCCUGAUGGGUGCUGCAAAAUAUGUAAACCUACAAACUGCAAAGUUUAUAGCAAAAAGAAUGUGAUCCGCCUCGGUGACUGUGAAUCUUCAGUACCUGUCGAGCUGACGUAUUGUGAAGGAACUUGCCCUGGCUCCUCAGUGUAUUCUUUUGAAGCAAACCAGAUGCAACACGACUGCGGCUGCUGCCAGGAGUUCAGCAGCCAAACAAAAGAGGUGACCCUGACUUGCCCAGAUGGAACAAGCAUGAAUUAUAGCUAUGUUUACGUGGAUCAAUGCCAGUGUAUGAAUGCGUGCACCUCAGACACCUCUGCAGCAUCUGAUUCCCAACAGAAAAUCAGCAGACGAAAGAGAUGAUCGCUAGAAAGUCUAGAGUCUAGGGAAGGUGGAAUCUUGUUUUCUCCACAAUAACUUGUGCUCCUUCUUUAAUAGAUCGCAUGUCGGUUUCUGUUAUCACCUUUUCUCAUUUCUUACUUGUAAAAGAAUAUAAAUAAAAGUCAAAUAAUUAAA